AUGGAAGAUAAAUCGAUGAAUGACCGAAUCGAGAGUGAACAAGAUGAUGCCAGUUCCGUAAAAAUGAUGACAACGAAUGAGAACUGGAGACAUAAAAAAAGAUACAACGACAAGAAAGUCUGCGAUAUGGGCGUCAAGCAUAAUUUAACAGAUGAAAGCUUUUAUGAACUUCAAAAAGUUGUCGUGAUUGUCAAUGUGAAAACGUGUGAAGUCAAUCUUGGAGUGUUAAAAGUCUUCUCUCAUACCUAA